UAGUCUUUCGUAUUCUAUUAUUUCUCAUGUUGUCAAUUAGUUAUCAAAAAUUAAUACUACUCACACCAUUGAUCCUUUUCAAUUUCACUCACUUUUGAUUUUGUAUUUGGGCUCCUCUCACACACAUACUCCUCAUUCAUUCAUCUUCCUCUUUUUGAUUCGACUUAUUGCUUAGCACAAUAUAGUCUCGAACUUUUAUUAUUGCAUGCUUUGAAGAUAUUCCUAUCAAAAAAAAGAAGAAGAAAAAGAGGGUCAUAUUCUUCUUUCCCAUCAUAUUUAUUUAUUUUGUUAACAUCAUAUUCUCCUUCAUUGGCUUGGCUGUGAAUCUGAGGCUUAUGAUUAAAGGGUUUUCUAGUGUUUCAUUUGGCUUUCUUUAAAUUUUUCUUGGUUGACGCUGUUGGGUCAUUUUUAUUUUGUUUCACCUGCCUUGACUCGUCUGAGUUUCCCUUUUGAGUUUUGUAAUGGGACCCAUUAGAGGGUUAAAGAGGAAGAAGAACCUUGAGAAGAAGGCUGACCAGAAUGUCUUGGUUGCGUCCCUGGGUUCCCAAAUGAAUCCCCGGGAUUGGUGGGACGACUUUUCUCAGAGGAUUAUUACAGGGCCAUUAUCUCAAUUAAACAAUUCAAUGACAUUUGAAUCUGUUUUCAAGAUUUCAAGGAAGACAUUCAACUAUAUUUGCUCACUUGUAAAGGAAGAUAUGAUGGCUAAGGCAUCAAACUUUAGUGAUAUGAAUGGCAAGCAUCUGUCUUUAAAUGAUCAAGUAGCUGUUGCUCUUAGAAGGCUGAGCUCUGGUGAAUCGUUAUCUAGUGUGGGCGAGUCAUUUGGAAUGAACCAGUCUACCGUUGCUCAGUUGACUUGGCGAUUUGUAGAAGCAAUGGAAGAAAGAGGGCUCCACCAUCUUUGUUGGCCCUCGACUGAAGCAGAGAUGGAAAAGAUUAAAGCCAAGUUUGAGAAAAUCCGUGGUCUUCCAAAUUGUUGUGGUGCAAUUGACACCACACACAUCAUGAUGACUCUGCCAACUACUGACCCAUAUAAUGAUGUGUGGCUUGACUGUGAGAAAAAUUGCAGCAUGAUCUUGCAGGCAAUUGUUGACCCUGAAAUGAGAUUUCGUGACAUAAUUGCCGGAUGGCCUGGAAGUUUUAGUGAUGCCGUAGUCCUCGAAAGCUCAGGGUUUUUCAAAAUGUCUGAAGAAGAGGUAAGAUUGAAUGGGAAGAAGCUUAUCCUUCAAGAUGGAACCGAGAUAAGAGAAUAUAUAGUAGGAGAUGCAGCGUUCCCUCUUUUGCCAUGGCUGCUUACUCCAUACCGUAGACGAGGCCUACCAGAUUUUCAGUCCGAGUUUAACAAACGGCUUUCGGCCACACGAAUGGUGGCACAGAGGGCAUUAGCAAGGUUGAAGGAGACCUGGAAGAUAAUUCAUGGAGUUAUGUGGAAGCCUGAUAAGCAUAGAUUGCCGAGAAUCAUUCUUGUUUGCUGCAUACUCCACAACAUUGUUAUUGAUAUGGAAGAUGACAUGGAAGAUGACAUGCCAUUGUCUCACCAUCAUGAUUCAGGCUAUCGACAACUAACGUGCGAAUCCGCUGAUAAGUCUGCCUUGAUUCUUAGAGAGAAGCUUUCUCUUCACUUGGCAGGAAAAUUGCAACCUGAGAAAAAGCUUUCGGUCGUGGAGGAUGGUUAUCUUUAAUCUAUAUUUAUUUCAUUUGUGAAGUGCUGCCUUUGUCUUGCUUAGUUAAAUAGGAACUUCUACAGUAAUUCAUUUACAAAUAUAGUUGUUUAUCUCGAACUAAAAUCUGCUUACAAAAGCAGAUAGUUUUGACUUUAACUAUUGUCUCAUGGAUAUAUGUCUGACUUGCACACCAGUCAUUUUCUGGGCAUGUUAAAAGGUGAGCUCAAUCAUCUCACGGCUAAUGACUAGAGAAGCAAUAACACAACGGAUCAACAAGACGUAUGAUUUACCUUCCUUUUAUCACUGAUAGCUUUAAACCGGUAUACAUUUGCACAUAAAAAACAGGUCACAUGCGUUCUUGAUUAUGGAAUUAUAAAAGAAACAGGGAGCAAGCAAAUCCAUUAUUGUCUUUCGGCGUAGCCCUAUUGGACAAAUCAUUGCCACUAGCAAAUACAAAAUUGACUAAUACUUCCAUUUCUUAUUUAAAGUUCAAAUCUCUCUGCCACAGGUCAAUAAAGUGACAUUAUUUGUGCCAAAUAGUGCACAGACACGGUUAAUGCGUACGUGGGGGUAAGAAGACAGCAAUAAAUGACUAAAAAAAGACAAUAGUGGCUGCCGGUCAAAUAUUUCUGUUUAGAAACCUGGUUUUAGUAGCUUCAACAAUAUUCUACUCCCAACUAGCAUAUCAUUAAGGUAGAAAAAUUCUUCAUUUUUAUUAGUGGGCAACGAAAAAUUCCUUUAGAAGCAAAGAAUAAUAAGUGAAGACAUGUCUGAUAGGAAUACAAAACUACAAUCCAUAGAUUUUGUUGAUCAAGCAUAAAGGUGAUCUCAUUCAAUUUCCACGCAAAACCAAAAAUGAAAUAAAUUUCUGAUGAGGCAGGAAAGUUAAAUUUCAACCUCUUCUUACAGGUAGCAAACUACAGCAAAAGCUACCGUAUAUGCAAACUGGCUAUAAGAAAGUUCCCAAUAAGCCACCACAUGAUAUUAGUUUGUAUAUCAAACCCAAAUGAGGCACGAACAAAUCCACAUUACAAAUCACGUCAUAAACCCAAUAUUAAUAGUAAAAACAAAUUCAUGUCUCAUAAGCUAUAGACAUUUCACAUUGAAACAAAAAAAAAAAAAACCAGAUAGGAAGGAGGAUUCUCCAAUUGCAUAGUGUUCAGUGUUCAGGCUUUUCCAGAGCGGCUUCUAAUAA